AUGUUGACGUGUGAUCACCCUUUUCCUCUGGAUCAGUACGAUGAUAGGGUGAAAGAGCAUUUACGAUUUACUGGUUUUUAUCAUGCAUCUCAGAUUGGAAUAGUCCAAUGUCAGAAAGCACUCGUAAAUGCUCUAGUCGAAAGGUGGCAUCCAAACACACAUACCUUUCACCUUCCGAUUGGUGAAUGUGCUGUGACACUUGAAGAUAUGGCUAUGAUUCUUGGUCUUCCGACGGACGGUCUUCCAGUCACAGGGAUAACUAUGAGUAAUUUUGAAACCUUAGAAGCGGAGUGUUUGCACCAAUUUGAGAUUGCACCGAGAAAGUCAAACUAUAGAGGAAGCGGUAUAAAAUUGACGUGGCUUCGGGAUCUAAAAGAACGGUUACAGUUGACUGAUGAAAACAAUAUACAGAGUAUCGGACAGUACAGUUGGGGAUCGGCUUGCCUCGCACACCUGUACAGGGCGUUAUGCAGGGCAUCUCGUUUUGACUGUAAGGAGAUUGACGAUCCGCUAACACUGCUGCUCGUUUGGGCUUGGAUCCGCCUGCCAUAUCUAGCGCCGGUUCCUAGGGAACCCCGUAGUUUUCCGCUUGCAAACAUGUAA